AUAGUUGACUGUGGGUCAUGAUUCCUGCAGGCUAUGAAGACGGUGGGUUUUUCAUCAGCGCAGCCUACUCAGCAGAUGCUUCCUGGAAAUAGUGUCGCCACAGGACCUAGCGUACCACAACAUCUAACUGUACACCAAUAUUCACAACCAGCUGUUCCUCUAGGACCGUUUGCCAACAUGAUUAGUUACCCGUUUAUGCAUCAGAACUAUUCAUAUAUGCCAUCCGCAUUCCAACAAGCAUUUCCUGGUAACAACAGUUACCAUCAGUCGCUCGCAGCGAUGCUCCCACAAUAUAAGAAUACCGUUUCUGCCAGCAGCUUGCCUCCAUCUGCCAGUGUUCCUUCUGGAUAUGGUGCUUUUGGAAAUACAACUAACAUCCCGGGGAACUUCCCAAUUAACCCCCCUGCUGCUCCGUCUGGUACUAACUUAAGUUACGAUGAUGUAUUAAGCUCUCAGUACAAUGAUACCAAUCAUUUGAUGUCUCUUCAGCAGAGUGAGAACUCAGCUUUGUGGCUUCACGGAUCUGGUUCAAGAACAAUGUCAGCUGUUCCCGCCAACACGUAUUAUGGCUUUCAGGGACAAAAUCAGCAGACGAGCGGAUUUAGGCAAGGCCAACAACCGCCAUCGCAACAGUGCUAUGGAUCUUUGGGGGGCUACCCACAUUUCUACAAUUCUCAAGCUGGUAUCUCAUUAGACCAACAACAGCAACAAAACCUCCGAGAUGGAUCGUUGGUUGGUUCACAAGGCCAGCCUAAGCAGCAGCAGCAGUCGCAACAACAGAUAUGGCAAAACAGCUACUAAAGCUCUUACUAAGUGGCAACCAUCGUUCACGAUCCCUGAAGAGACUUGACCGGCUGCUGUACUGUGCCACGAGGCUGUGUACUUUUACGUGUUUAUCUCAGCGUUAAGUGUAACGUAGGUAAUAUGUCUGAGCUAACGCCGUGCUAGUAGUCUCGUCUGUGUUUUCUUUUAGCUCUUGUUCAACACAGUUGACCCCCCUUUUUCGACGAUUUUAAUCUAUAUAUAGCUAGUAGUGUUUCUGCUUCCCACUGGUAAA